AUGGAGGCACAUCAGGUGUCAGCCUCGUCCAAGGCUCUCUUCAAGAAGGCGCGUCAAAUCGUGCCUCCCAUGCUGGAGCGAUUCCACAAAGGCCAGCAUGGACGCGUUGCAGUCAUCGGAGGAUGUGCAGAUUACACAGGAGCACCGUACUUUUCUUCUAUGGCUUCAGCCAGACUCGGAUGUGAUAUGAGCCAUGUUAUCUGCCAACAAUCAGCGGCUACCGUCAUCAAGUCCUACUCCCCAAACCUAAUGGUCCACCCAUUCCUCGCAAGCAGCGACACAGUCAAGGACUCCAACCCAGACGCCCGCUCGCUCGCCAGCCCCAUCAUCGCUAUGCUCUCGCGUCUCCAUGCACUUGUAAUCGGCCCCGGCCUCGGCCGCGACGGCAUCGCACUCAAGGUCGUCCGGGAGGUAAUGAAGGAAGCGCGGUCCCGCUCCAUCCCGUUCGUCCUCGACGCAGACGGGCUCCUCCUCGUGUCCGAGGACCCCAACCUGGUUCUUGGAUACAAGGAGUGCAUUCUGACGCCCAACGUGAACGAGUUCAGCCGGCUAGCCCAGGCCCUGGGAAUCGACAUGCCCACGCCGGCACCGAAUGCCACGGACGCCUGCGAGAGGUUGUCCAAGGCGCUGGGCGGCGUGACUAUCAUCCAGAAGGGUCCUAACGACAUCAUCUCCAACGGGAUCAGCACUAUGGUAUCGGACAUCGCUGGCGGGCUGAAGCGCAGCGGUGGACAGGGCGACACGCUCACCGGCUCCUUGGGGACGCUGCUGGCGUGGCGCGCGGCGUACCACGAUGGACUGUGGGAGACAGGGGAGAAGGAACCCUCGAAACCGGCGCAUAGUCAGCAGGAGGUUCAGGCGGAGCUGGAAUCCUCGGGCACGCGGUUGUCGCCUGCGACGACGCUGCUGCUGAUUGCUUGGGCGGGCAGUGGGCUGACGCGGGAGUGUUCGAGGCGCGCCUUCAACGCCAAGGGGCGGAGCAUGCAGGCUAGUGACCUGACGGAUGAGGUCCACGGGAGUUUCCUGGAUCUGAUCGGUGAGCCGGAAGCGUCGAAGAUGCAUCUAUAG